UGUUCUCACUUCCUGGAUACGCAGUGUUCUGUUCGAAUUGGGCGGGCGCUUUAACCGUUUAAUUUUUACAUCAGGGACCCGUCCGCGGGCCAGGCCGACCCGAGCGGGCGGGUGGUUCUGGGGCGAGUCAACGGGAGAGGCCGAGUCACUGAGCGGCAGUGACUACGAUGGCCGACGACGGCCGGCGAGGUGAUGAAGGGGAGCGGGGCCCGGGCGCUGCCUAUCAGAUGUUUGUCACCAUGGAGGACCUGCUGGACAAGCUGAAGCUGAUGAACUAUGAGGAGGAUUUGAUCCGGAGGAACAACAUGAAAGCCUUGUCCAGACACUAUUUUGCUCUCCCUACAAACCCUGGCGAGCAGUUCUACAUGUUUACAUUGCUGGCGGCUUGGUUGUUAAACCAGACAGGACACUUUUUUGAACAGCCCCAAGAAUAUGAUGAUCCAAAUGCAACAAUAUCAAAUAUUCUGACAGAACUCCGCGCUUUGGGUGGCUCAGUAGAUUUCCCUCCCUCCAAACUGAAACAAGGUUAUGGAGAGCAGGUGUGUUAUGUUCUGGAUCGCUUAGCUGAAGAAGCUCUUAAGCAUACUGGCUUCAAUUGGAAGAGGCCUGUGUAUCCAGCAGAGGAAAUGGAAGAGGAAGCAUUAAUGGAGGAUGAUGCUGAAUUGACGUUGAACAAACUGGAAGAUGAGUUGAUUGAGGAAGCAGAGGAUUUUGAAGAAGGGGAGCCUUUCCUGGAUCUGGACAUUUUGAAAUCUCAGGGGCCGAAAAUGGAGGGAGUGGAGUCCACAAAACCAGAAGAGAUUUUAGAAUCAACAACAGAUGCUGCUGAGUGGAAUCUAGAAGUGGAACGAGUUCUCCCACAACUUAAAGUUACCAUUCGAACUGACAACAAGGAUUGGAGAAUUCAUGUUGACCAAAUGCACCAGCAUAAAGAGGGAAUUGAAAUGUCUCUGAAAGAGACAAAGAGUUACUUGGAUAAGCUUCAAGAUGAGAUUAGUCGAACACUAGAAAAGGUCAGCAGUAGAGAGAAAUAUGUCAACAACCAGUUGGAGAAUUUGAUUCAGGAUUUCCGUGCUGCUCAGGCCCAGCUGAAUGAGGCCAAAGACCGAUACCGGCAAGGAAGUGGGGGCGUAACAGAUCGGACUAGACUUCUCUCUGAGAUAAGUGAAGAGUUGGAAAAGGUUAAACAAGAUAUGGAAGAAAAGGGAAGCAGCAUGACUGAUGGAGCUCCAUUAGUGAAAAUCAAACAAGCAUUGACUAAACUGAAACAAGAGACAACUCAGAUGGAUAUUCGAAUUGGAGUUGUGGAGCAUACCUUGCUACAGGCCAAGCUCAAAGAGAAAUCAAACAUGACCAGAGACAUGCAUGCUACCAAUAUUCCUGAAGCCACAAUAGGUGGUUAUUGACAUUAUAUGUUUGUGUCCAAAUUAUAAUAUAUACUUGAUCUGCUAAUUCCCUAUUGGAAGAUUACUGAAUUCUUGUGAUCUAAAUGAGGAAUGAAAAUUAACAUUUAAGAAAAGUUUGGAUUCUUGGAGCAAGUUCAGCUGCAGCAAAUCAGUAAUUGGAUCAUUUUCUGAGUUAUUACAGUAAACAUUGGCACACGUUUAUGGUUAAAAAAAAUGGAUGAGAAACUGAUUUAAAGUAGUGCCAGUGCUGCUUUCAUUAAAAUAUAGUGUUUUACUAUAUAAAAGCAUUGCGCUGCAACACUUAUGAUAAUCUUGUGCUUAAUAAUGAGUGGGUGUUAGGGCAUAUAUGUUUUUGAACACUCAUUUUCCAUUGUUAUUGACAAUGUAACUAAUAUUUCUUUUACGUUGGAAAUAGUAAAUUAUAUUUUAACAUUUUGCAAUAAAAUGUUGCAACUGUUA